CCACCAUUCCUUCCACCGCAAAUCAGUCACCCGGUUAAAUCGAGAGCAAUUUUACCGUUUCCGUCCGGCAAAUUCCACUCUUCUUCUUCCUCCCGUCGGUCGGCCACCAAGCAAGCACAGACCCAGUCGCGAGCAAUGGCGGCCGCGCUCAGGAGGGCCGUCGCGCAGCGCUUCGCGGCCGCGCCGCAGGCCACCUACGGGAUGCGCCGCUUCACGCAGGAGCGGCCCGCGUUCCGCCCCACCAUGCCCCCGGACGCCGGGUUCUUGCCCCUGGCCGACCGGAUCCGCGACCACCUCGGCGUUUCCUUCCCGCGCAUCAACCUCGACGGCCUCGUCCCGCCCGCCGCUCCCCCUGCCCCGGCCCCGGCGCCGGCGAGAGAGGAGGCGCGGGCUGAUGUAGGCAGCCUGACGGUGGCGGAGGCGCGGAAGGUGCUGCGCGCCACGCAGAUGGAGGCGGCGCGGGCACGGGUGCGGGCGUCCCGCGAGGGCGCCGUGCCCUACGCCGACUUCCUCAGCCUCUGCUGCGACGCCGCGGGCGCCGACGCCGGACCCUCCGUCGCGCGCGCGCUCGACGAGUCCGGAUCCGUCAUCGUCCUCGGCAAGACCGUCUUCCUCAGGCCCGAGAUGGUUGUGAAAGCAAUUGAGAAGGUGAUACCCAUGCCGCGAGCCCCAGCCAUCGCCGAGAACGACCCUGCAAGGGAAGAGCUGAAGGCGAUGGAGGCCGUGAAGGCGGACAUCGACCGCAGAGCCACGCUCCAGGUGCGGCGGGAGCUGUGGGGAGGGCUGGCUGCCCUGGCCCUCCAGACGGCCGGCUUCAUGAGGCUGACGUUCUGGGAGCUGUCUUGGGACGUGAUGGAGCCCAUCUGCUUCUUCGUGACCUCGACCUACUUCAUGGCCGGCUACGCCUUCUUCCUCCGGACCAAGAGGGAGCCCUCGUUCGAGGGCUUCUUCCAGAGCCGCUUCCUGGUGAAGCAGAAGCGCCUGAUGAAGGCCCGGGACUUUGAUCUCCGCCGCUACAGCGAGCUCCGGCGAGCCUGCGGCCUUCCGUCGCUGCAAGCUCAAAGUAGUCCCUGCGAGUUCGCCCAGGAUAGCAAUUGCCAUUCUUACUGCCAGUGUCAUUGAUCUGUUAUUGCCAAUUCUUUGUGCCCAUUUGAUGUGGCUGCUCUUCAUGUACCGUUCUGGAACGCGGAGCGUACUCAUUGGAGAAUUUUAAGUUGGAUUCAGGUUAAAACUCGAAA